ACCUUUCAAACCACAUCCAAUUCAAAACUAUCUCAAGGAAUUGUUUCAACGACAGGAUAUCACAAUGCAUUUCUCCACCACCAUUUUCGCCGCUUUAAUCGCCCUCGCAACCGCUUCUCCCAUCAUCGAUCGCGCUCCAACAAUCAACACCACACAACCCUUCUACCUCCUAACAACCACCACGCCAACCUACACCUCCAACUCCUCCCUCCUGCCAAAUGUCUCCCUAACCACCCUCUUCGACCCCUACUACCAACCCAACUAUCUGUUACGUCUGAUCGCCCCCGGCUAUGGCUCCGUCCCCCAAUUCACCAUUUCAAACGGAGUCUUGCACACGCCCGGACAAGGCCCCCAUGGCAUUGGCAAUUAUAUCUUCAACAGCAGUGACGUGCACACGGGUUCUGAGCUCGAGUUCCGCGCUCAGUUUGAGGGAGAGGGCGAUCUGAGUCUUGAACGUGGGUAUUUGUUGGGUGUCAAUGGGUCGAGUGACGGGUGGACGAUUUGUGUCGAGGAGUUGGGUCAGAGGGUGAUUGAGUGGAAGGGCACUGAUGAGGGGUGUACGCAAACCUACAUUCAGGCCGCUUUGACCGUGCCUUAUUAGGCUGACUGCUUCCUCUACGACAAUCACGACAUUUUCGAUACAACAGGGUCCGCUGGGACGGGAUGAGAUCACACACGAAUUUGGUAUCUGGAGGGAGGAUCGAGCAUAUGCAAAUCAUGACAAGGAUAGCCAGGCAAUUAUGAAUCUUGCCCUGGCUGGGAGGGAAGAGACACUGUAACAACAUCGAACAACCAAUAAAUUCCUACUACAAACUUUCCCC